ACAUUAAAGACGCGAUGAGAUGUGUCCCUCACCUGUCAUUGGAGCCCGGACAUUAAGGAAAAUACACAUCUUGACUCGUUUUAUGGUGAUUAACAGUGGAGACUUCACCGGAUUUGAAUCGUGGUGGAUCGAGGGUUGAUAUCUGUCUGUUUCCGGGAGGGAUCGGCUGCGGGAUGGCCUGAGAUUUGACCUUUUAACGGGACAAAUCCCCGGUACCGGCAGCUGGAGACUUUCAACUGUGCGGCGGAACCACAGCGCCCUCUCUCGGCUCGUCCCCGCAACUCGCCCACGAAGCGCUUCAUCCCGGAAGUGAACCCGUGAGGUCAUGGGAAGCAAAGUCAGCUCCAAAAUGGCUGCCCCGGCCGCUCGAGUGAUCCAGGCUGUUCGGCCUCGUGCUCCACUGAUCAAGUUCCCCAGCAGACAAGGGCUCCCAAAACCCAGCGCCCAAGAGGCAUUAAAGACAUCAGCCGUUACCUUUCCCCAACACAGCGCUGGCAGCUCACCUUCAGCCCCAGCACCGCCUUCACUACCAAGACCUCACGUACCUUUGACCCCGAUCCCUGGCACGCCGGACACACUGGCCUCUAUUCAGCUCUUCCCUGCGAGGUACCGGAGGAGACCGGUGACCGCGGAGGAAAUGGACUACAUCCAGCGCGGCGGACCCGAGUGACACGACCCGACUUGAAUCACUGCAACCAAAGUCCUUAUCUGUUGGAAAUCUGUUUGUGUCUUGAAUUCUGUUCCUCAGCACAAAGAACCUAAUGCCGCAUGAGACACAAUGUAGAAUAAAGUAUUAUAUAAAGCCUGUUAAAAUGUACAUAUGCUUAUUAUUUAGAUGCUUUAUAAUCUUAAUUGUAUUUCAUAAUUAGGGAAAUCUUGCAUGUAUUUCACAGAUAAGUCAAAAAAAAGCUUCUAAGGUUUUUCUUAUUUUCUCAACUAGCAUCUCAGCUACUUCCUUUCAGACGUAUUGUUGUUAAGCCCUAGUUUCAACAGUUUAUCUUGUUAAAAGCAACAUGUCCCUGAAGUUAUAAACUUUGUUUGAGCUUCCCUUGCACUACAACUAUACCCACAUCCAACCUCGAGGUACAUAGAGUUAUAUCACCAGUGGGCUUCUUAGCUUUUCAUGCCUUUCACUGCAAUAAAUAUUUAAGUUUAACAGGGCUGAAGAGAUACUGGGUGAAAUGGUGUCGGGUUCAUGUGAACAACUGGAUUGAAAUAAUUAAAGGAUUAUUGUAUUUUGA